ACUGCACUGGACGCGGCAAGAUAUCUCUGUCCAAAAAUCUGAAAAAUACGGAUAAUAAUCGACCGACAAAAACCUCCCUAAAUCAAAUCGGAAAUAGUUUGUCCGUGUUUCAUCCUCCAUUGAUCUCCGUGACCACAAUUUCAGUUUUCUUUAAUUCUCUGUCACCUACAAAACUCAUCCUCACUGUGCGACGGCAGACGGUCAGAAUCCUUCAAAUCUCCUCCGCUCAAACACACCUAACUUACCUAAAUCGCCUGAAAAUCCUUACCACGACAUGCAUGAACCCUUACUCCAUCCACAGGCAUUACUUCGCUCCGAGAACAUCUCCAAUUCGAUGGCAAAUGUAUGGUAAGUGAAGGUGAGUAAAAAAGUAAAUCAAAAGGAAUUAAGAAACAGACGAACUAAUUUUUCUCUCGUCAAGCCAUCGUAGAAGAAAAAAAACAAAUGAGAGGUCGCUAUUAACAUUCGUUCGACCCAUUCGUAGUGUUCUUUUCAGUGGUGCGGGCACUCAAUCCUGUUCCAAAACACAACACUGAAUUUCGUGGAAAAAAUGGGAUCGGAUUACGUUCCUCGAUGAAAUCCGAGUAGAUGUUGUUCAUACAUGAUAACGAAACUGAGAAAUUGUAACCGAAUCCGUGAAUUAUGCGUACCAUUCUCGAAAUCGUAGUACGAAGGAGAAAAAAGUCGAGAACCAAUAGUGAAUUUCCAAUGAAAUAAAUGUCAACGGCAGCCAUUAUGUGCAGAUGGGAUGAUCGUAACACCCUUUUGGGCCAGCGUUCGUUGUUAGAAUCAACGUCACAAGGAAGAUUUGCGUGACAGUGUGAGUCCUUUUUCAUGGGUUCUGGUUGUCAUCCUAGGGGCUAGAGUAGUUCUAAGAGAUGUAACGUACUAAGUGAGUGGACACUGAUAAGACGGUACAACUUGUAUUGUGAAGUGAAAUAAAAGUAUUUGAUGAUAGGAACCGUGGGAAUUGAGGUGACAUUACAAAUAGGAGGAUAAGAUGGACGACUACGAGAAGAAGUUUGCAGAGAUGCAAAAGUACAUUCCCUUCCUGGAGGCAAUGAUUGAGAGACUUCAGAAAGUAACUGAUAAGUCUCGUGAAGUACAGUUGCACAAAAUGCAGCAACUUCAUGGAAUACUGACGGACAGCAAGAGAAAGUUGAGGAUUGAAACACUCCAAAAAUGUGAAGAUGUGCUUCAGAAACUGCACAGUAAAGUUGAAAAGUUUCAGGGAACAAGCGCUGGUCUGAAUUUCCCUAGUAGUAAGAAAAGUGAAGAGCCGACGGUAUCAAAAACUAAGCCAGUGACACCAUUGGAAGUUAAACUACCGAGAGAAGUAGAAAAAUCCAAAGAAAAACCGAAGGAGAUGGACGAAACACCAGCAAGUCCGAGUCCACCAGCAUCACCAGAUGAGCAACCAAAGAGUACGUCGGCUCCAAUAAUCAUUCCCACCGAGCGCAAGCGAGAUUAUUCAUCAGGGAAAAUUGACAGUAAACCAUCGAGUCCUGAUCAGAUUGAGCGAGUGUCCACAAAGCAACCAAUUAUCAUUCCCACCGAGCGUAAAGGUGAAUCUUCCAACAACUUCGUGGAUAACAAUUCUCUAGCCAAGGCGAGGAAUGAUAAGUCAUUGAAUAAUGCAUUCGUAGACUCUAGAAAUGCAUCAAAUUGUCGACACAUCCCUACAGUGACAGUUUCCACGAAAUUAGAGACUCAGAAACAAAUAAGAUUGACAUCCCCAGAGUGUCGAUCACCGAGAUCAAAGGAGUUCUUAUCCCCCUCGAAGAGCGCCAAACCCCCGGUGCCACUGUUAAUCUCGCCUCCUCGAGUUUUAACCGAACCUCCGCUAUCUAUGGACGAUUUAGCUGAACUUCUGAAUGACGGUUCAGACAAUAAUCCCGGGAGCAGUAAUUUCACGAUUCUGAUUAGCGAUAAAAAUUCCUCUAACCCUAUUAAGCCCGAGAAAAUUCGCAUUUCAAAAGGUAAGCCGUCAGAGAACUCUAAUAAACCUGAUAAGGAACAUUUAAAAUCAUUUGUUCUGACUCAAGAGGACAUAGACAGAGAGAGCAAUCGCCGUUGGGAAGAGCGAGAUAAGCACAUUGUCCUGUACGGUCGCAAGGGCCUUCAAGCCGAUGGAAAACCUCUGCCCACACCUCAGUCGGAGCAUUCCUCAGUUCCAUUAAUAACAACCGCACCUAAGAAGCCAGAAUUUCGGAAUAGUCCUAUGUCACCAGUGGGUAAAGACAGAGGUUCUGAGCCAAGAUACGCAGACAAUUACGAGAGAAUACCUCGGCACGUGACAGAUCGUUUCAGCAACGUUGCUGACCAGCCAAAAAUGCCGGACAUUAAUGUCAUUAACAGUGCCUUUUCACGUUUGUCUGAGGGGGACAAGGCGAAUCUCGCUAAACUCCAAACGAAUUUGCCAAUUUUACACCAGCAGACUGAGAAUCAUACGUCUGCGGAGGAGAGAGAUGUGUUCUCUCGGCGCGGGGGUGCUCCACAGAUGGACAUGGAUAUGGAGUACCGUAGAGACGAGGAGUAUUACAUGCAGAGGCCAAUCCAUCCGUCCCAAAAUCGAGAAUAUUACAAUCCUCAAUGGGGAGGAUAUGAGCAUAAACCCCAGCAGAUGCCUGGGCAUCCGUAUCCACACCCUCCAAAUCAUCCGCAAAAUCUUCCCCCCCACCAUCCAAAUCACCCUUCGAACAUUCCCAAUCACCCCCAUCAGAGCCACCCAGACAUGUGGAUGGGCCCAAAUCCAGGACCUGGCCCCAUAGACCACCCAGUACACCACAUGUCUCCUCAGUACAGUCCGAAUCUCGUUCGUCGACCCAUGAUGAGUCCCCCUGGCCGUAUAGAACUGAGCCACGGCCCUUACGGAGAUCCAAAUUUCCCCGAGGAUAUCGGCCACUCACCCCAACCCCCUGCCCCUCCUGUUAUUCCGUCAUUAAUGUCCACUCCACCAUUCAAUCCUCGAGGAUUUCCUGAGAAUCGAGCAUUCGAGGCGCCCUUCGAGCGCCCUGCAGAGUUUGGCCUGAACAUGAGACCGAAUCCGUGGGAAGGCCAUCCUGGGGAUCCAAAUUAUCCUGAGCCUUCGAGAGUCAGAGGGCCAGAGGUUUCUUACAAUGCUCCCGUCCCUCCAGGUCCUCCCAGCUGGAACAGAGGUCCUGGGCCUGAUCUCCAGCCCAUUAGGAACCGCAGUGUCGAGAGAUUCCCUGGUGACAGGGCCACCAACAGACCUGCGCUCACUGACCCCCAGCAUCCUGGAUUCAAUCGCCGAAGUGAAUGGGAUCGACCGGGACCGACCGAGAAUCCCCCGAGAUUUAAUCGCGAAGGGAGAAAUGUCUCUGAACGAGACCCGAGGUUCAGGAAGGAUCAAAGCCCUCAGGGAGCCAACUCUCCAAAUGCCACUUCUGCUAAGAGGGAUCCCAGAUUGGUUAAAGAGCCUGCACAACCUGCAGCUUCGAAAUCAAAAGAAAAUUCAGUGACAAAUCGAGAUCCUAGGAGGAGAAAUUGUGAUUUAAUAAAUCAGAACAAACCGAUCAUCUCAUCCAAAGCCCCACGAAACAAGAACAAAUCUAAAAAUUUUGCAAAACAAAAGGAAUCAACAAAAUCCACUGAUAUCAAAGCGAGAAAGUCUUCCGAUGAAAAAAUAAGCACUGAUAAAUUGAUCAAAGAUAAGGAAACUAUGCAGUCACCUCUGGAGAGCCUUUACGGAGUUAUUGACACGACAGCGAAGACCGGAAAAGGUUAUGGUCUUCAAAAGUUCAAAAUUCCAAAAAUAAAGAGAACUGAUCCCCCAGUCCCUCCCCGCCCACCAACCCCUCCAAAACCCAGUGCUGCAGUUGAACUCGAAAGUUGGGACGAAGAGCCUCCACCAAAGCCCGCUGAAUCUGUCAAAUCACUUUCUGCGGAAGCUGAUAAGACUGUAAAAGUCGAGGAGAAGAAAAUGGAGGUGUCAAGCACAACCGACGAGCCCGCGGUACUCUCGGCAAAGACAAAAGCCAACGAUCGCGAUCUAAAAGUAUCAGAAGCAGAACCUACGGUAUCUAAUCAUGUGUCAAAGAAGUGCGAUAAGGUGGACGAGUCGGAAGCAACAGUUGACACAUCAACUCCCGCAAAAAUUGCUGACACAUUGAGUACAACCACUGCAACCGCAAAGGAGACUCCCAAGGAAGAAGAACCGCCGACCUUCAAGAACGAAAUUACUCGCGAGUUAAUUGAGAAAAUGAUCAAAACGUCCUUAGAACAAGGAGAAGGGAAAAAACUUCUAGAACAAGCAAAAUUACUUCAAAAAUUGGGCGAGGGCCUAGCACAUUCCAAGAAAUUUAAGAAAAUCCGAAAGAUUAUUGAAUCUCAAUCAGACAGCAGUUCUUCAGACACGGAACAAAUAAUCGAGCCGAAGAGAAUCGGUAAAAAGAAACGAAGGGUGAUUGUAUCUGAUAGCUCUGAUGAUGCUUCACCAGAGCGUAAAAGUCCAGAGGUUCCCGAGAUCGAUUUUCAAGAGAAGCCCAAAACUCCCAAACGAAGAGCAAGGAAACCUCGACAAUCAAAAUCCCCGCGAUUCAAAGGGAAACCCGUACCUGAAGAAGACAAAUCUGAAGAAUUGAAAGAAUCUGUAAAUGACUCGAAAGAAUCUGUAAAUGACUCGAAAGAAUCUGUAAAUGACUCGAAAGAAUCUGUAAAUGACUCGAAAGAAUCUGUAAAUGAAUCUAAAGAAUCUGUAAAUGACUCGAAAGAAUCUGUAAAUGAAUCUAAAGAAUCUGUAAAUGACUCGAAAGAAUCUGUAAAUAAGUCCAAAGUAUCUGUGGAUGACUCGAAAGAAUCUGUAAAUGACUCGAAAGAAUCUGUGAAUGACUCUAAAGAAUCGGUGAAUGCGCCUGAACAACCUUUAAACGACUCAAAAGAACCGGAACAAGAGCCUGAGCCAGAACGAGAGCUAGAAUCCCCAGCGUUAAAACCUCGCAGAAAGCCUGCUCGUCGGCGCAACUCCCUGGAGAUGCUGCAGGAGGACAUCCGCGAAAUGUUUAUCAGCGAAGGAGUAGUAACUGCCACGGGUCACAGGAUGUGCCGCUUGAUAAAGGAAGCAGAAGAGCGCCAUGACUCGGAGCUAUCUGAAGACGAAGUUCUCCCGAAGCGCCGUAACAGAUCAAAGAGCAAAACUCCAAAACCCCGAGAGGUCCCGGAUGAUGACAAACCCAAACCCCGAAUAAGAAGAACUCGAAAACGAGCAGCCAAAUUGUCAAAACAAUACGUGAGUAGCUCUGACAGUGACUCGAGGCCGAAUCGUUUGCGCGAGUCGUCAUCGCGCAGAGGGACGCCAGAGCCCUCUAAAGACCCCACAGACGCUGAAACACCGCGGGAAACUCCCGCCGAUGAGCCCGAAGGUACUCCGACUCUUCGAAGAAGUGAAAGAGUCAGCUUGAGAGAGCCUAGAGUAAUGAUAGAAAAAACAGAUUUGGGAAAAAUCGACUCAUCGAAAAUAAUGUUCGAUACAUCCUCAGACGAGAGUUUCGGAAUCGACGUAUCAGAGUUGACAGCAGCUGUAGACAUCUCACUGCACUCUGAGCGUCAAAAACGAUCCGAUGACGACACAGAGGCAAUGAUGAGCAUAAAAAAGCUCGAGGAAAAACCAUCAAAAACGAAAAAACGAAUUUCUGAUGAACCGAGAGCCGAUAUUGCGAGUAAACCCGAUGAUGAAGCCACUGGCGUGGCUUCGGAUGACGCUUCAAUUUCAAGCGGUCACGCCUCUAGCGUCAAGAAACUAACAACAACUUCCGAGCCUUCUAAUACAAACGAAGAACUGAUAAAAAACAUUCUUGGUGAUUUCGUUAAUGAUAAAAAUGAGGAGUCAGAAAAAUCAAUUGACAAAGAGAGUGUCAUGGAGGCUGAAAAAGAGAUCGUACAGCCCCGCAAGAUCAUCAGAAGAAAAAAACCAGCACUACCCAAGCGGAAGAAGAAACGUAGAACUUGGCAAAUGGGAAUUGUCUCAAAAUCAAAGAAGAACAAGAAAACCCCAAUUGCGCGUUCUCCCACAGUUCCUAAACCCUCUCUCGCUCCUCUAACCCCCUCAGAGCCUCCCAAGGAGGAUGCAGAGUCACAGGAAAAUGUCGAGCCACCGAUUGUCCCACCACCGAAGCUCGAAAAGGUCGACAUAAAAUCGAAAUCCAAUGAAUCCCCAAUUAAAUCCACCAUCAAACGAGAAAAAGACGAUUGCGAACCGUUUUUAACCCCUGAUCGAAAAAGAUCGUGUUUCAAAACCGAAGAUUUAAUUGAAUACGCAUGGACUGGACAGGAAAAAUACAAAUGUCUAUUCUGUAGCUUCAGUGGGAAAAACAUUGUUCACCACUACAAGGCAGUCCAUCCAAAGGACGAGAUGAUGAUAUCGAGACUGACGUUACUCGAUGCAAAGCGAGCAAUUGACGAAUCCAAGGACGAGAUGUUGCUAGAAUUAUCGGAAAAGACAAAAGUGGGCGCCGAUCGUAAAUACGCCUGUAGAUUCUGCGUAUUUACGGCAGAGGGACAAAAGGAGUCAGCAAUGGAGACUUUCUACGAACACUGUACAACCCACACUGGCGAGUACAGAUUCCGAUGUCGAAGUUGCACCUAUCAAACACCCCUCAAGUCAUCGAUGCGCGCGCAUUAUUACAAAGUUUGUCGUAAGAAUUACGAGAACUUUACUCUGGCAGUUGAUGAGGAUCUACUGCCCGACGAGGAUCUUGUUAACGGCUAUCUGUGCUCUCUGUGUAAUUUUAUUCAACUGAAAGAGGAAAAUGUUAAGAAGCACAUUGACAAGUAUCACAAGGACGAUCUGGCGACUGAAAUUAUCAAGAUUGAUAUGUCAAUUUAUCUGGACCUUAAAAAUCAUGGCGAGCAUUCUGACAUUGAGGAUGAAUUGAGGAGCGAAGACCCACUAGCUCCUGACUCUGACGCGUCUACAGUUGACCUUUACGAAUAUACUAAACAGAAGAGAAAAAAGAUGACGAUAACGAGAGGGAAAGUUGAAAAUACUUCCAAGAAUACAGGAACUAAAGAAACUAACGUUUCGUCCCUUUCGAAAUCAGGCGCUCCACAGGGGGAGGUCGAGAGCCCUCUCAGCAGGAAGCUCAGCGCAUUUGUGUGCCCUCCAGAAAUAGAGAACAAAGAUGUGGAGAUUCAAAGGGAGCGACAAAAAACUAUGCAAGAGCUGUGGAAAAAUUGUGGAACAAAUCUCCAGAACAAAUCUACGCGUGAAGGAUUAUCAAUCAUUGAUAAACUCACUGACAAGAUGAGGACGCAGGGGACGGAAUCCGAAGGAGGUAUGGAGUUGGAGGGUGGGGAUGAAAUCGAUGAGUCACAACACAAUGUACUGCCCCCCGUAAGGCCCGAAGAGAAUAACGACGAACGCACCGAUCCCACCCCUGAGAAACCCUCUGAAUCAAUUUCUGCGCCGCUUUCAGACGUUGUUCCUCCCCAAACAAUAACAAAAGUCGAGCACUCAGAUCAUGAAAUGAGUCAAGAGGAGGAAGAAACAGAUAAAUCUGAGAAAAAACCGAGAGACCCGCUGAUGUCUCUCGAGGAAACACCCAAGGAUUUCAAUAGCGCAGAGGAGACGAGUGAUGGGGAACAAAUGGGCGAAAUCAGCAGAACUUAUGACGAAUCCAGUGACACUAGUGACGGGAUUUCAGACUCUGAACUCGCGACAGACGUAAACACUCUUCUGAAGGAAACAAUAACCACAUCAACAAACGCUCCAAUGAUGACAACAAUCCAAAGACUUGCUGCUCAACUUCAAGGAUCAAAAUCCACUGAGAAUUCUCCCACAAAGCCAGAGACCUCAAAACCGAUAGUAGUUCCCCUCUGUAAUCUCCGAAGUUUUGUGGAAAAGCAGAAAUUACUGGAGAAAUCCCAAGAGGUUCCAGACUCAGAUACAUCUCGUUCAAACACCCCCAAGAAUUUUAUUCGUCUACGAAGACUCAGUGGGGACAAGUUGUCCUCGGGAACCCCAAUACCUGAGCCACCUCCCUCCGCCGAAGAGGAAAAAUCUCAAGAAUUCGUCCCUCUCCAAGUGAUUCCUCAACCGAUUGAGCGCCAAGAGGGAGAGUGUUCAUUCCUAAAGAUUGAAAAUGUGAUAAGCCUAGCGCCAAACACAUCCUCAGACCCUGAGAGUCCGCUCAUCGACGACAUAAGAAAAGCAGUUGCCACAUCUCCAAUGAAGAAUAUUGGAAUUUCAGUCCUCAAGAAAUCCAGUCCAAACAUUUUAAAGAAGACGAUAAGAAAGCCAAUAGGAAAAAUCGACGGAAUUCUCUCGAGAUUCCCACCAAUCGCCCCCACUCCUCCAAACCAAACAUUCGUCCUUCAACCGCUUCCCAAAGGUGUCGUCCCUAAGAAGUCAAUUAUCACUACCACAAAUAAAACAGUGACUACUAAACCAGUUACACCAGCAUUGAAGCCUGUAACAAUUCCCAAACCCAUUGCUCCUGGUCCAAAACCCGUUACUAUGCCUCCAAAAGCAAUUUCCCCUUCGAUUCAAAAGAUUCCUGCGACGAAGAUCACUCCAACAGCUCGAAAUGUCCAAGUCACGCAUCACGGUAAAAAUUACAAGCUCUUGAAGCUCGUUCGUACUCCAGGAUUGAAGCCCAAAGAAUCGACACCAACAAUGCCCUCACCGAAGGAGAAAACCUUCGACGCAUUCACAACGAUGUUGCAGUCUAUAAAACUUCGGCAUUUGUACAAGUGCAUGGAUAAAACAUGUACAUACUCAACAGACUCAGCAGAUAUGUUCGGCCAGCACUAUAAUUCUCACGUUCAGAAACAAUUGGCGGCGAAGCCGGAUUCUGGGAAAGUUGUAAAGACUGUCCAUGGUUACCAGAAGUGCGCCUACUGUCAUGAGAAUACAAUGGGGACUUGGGAAGAACUUUUAGCGCAUUAUAAGAAGAAGCACACCUUCUGUGCCUAUCAAUGCGGCUACUGUUUCUAUCGAGCAUUCACUCAGUCGUAUGUGGAUUUGCAUCAGACUUCGGCCCAUCCAGGAAAGCCUUCCUCAGUGAUCCUCGGUAAACGGGAUCAUCAUCCUGUGGAGAUAAUCGACAGAAGAGAAAAUGUUCAUCCAUUUGUGUGCAAACACGAGUGUAAUAAAUUGUUCUACGUCCCCGAGGCUUUUGUUGCACAUUUGAAGAUGAAGCAUGGAGCUACAUUGUCGAUUUUCAAGUGCCACAUGUGUCCAGCCUCUGCUCUUAAAGCAGAAGCCUUGAUAGCUCAUUACAAAAUGCACUGCAUUUACAAGUACCAAUGUUUGUACUGUCUUUUUGGGGCUGAUGCACCCAUGGAGCUGCAUCUGCAUUUGAGCCACAUUCACUGCAAUCGUCCUCCCAAGAUUCUCGAGAGAUCUCUUCCACCUGCACCAGUCAGAGACAAAGACGUUCUUCUGCAAUUGAUCAUCAGAAACCUUGAUGAUGAUUUCAAGUGCUCAGAGUUGAAGAAUGUCGUUGAAAAUCCGAUCGAUGGUGGCAUAAAACGAGUGAGAAAAGAGACAAUGGUCACUGGUGGAAUAAAAACUUAUACGACAAGUAAAAAGCAGGUGAAAUCAUUUGGACAGGCAGAAGUGAUUGAUCUUCUUGAUGGGGAGGCGGAAUCUCGGAAUCUUGUUCCAUUAACAUCAGAUAAUAUCGUAUUGACUGAAGGUCCUUCGAUGCUGAAACUUCCUGAUGGAGCAGUAGUGGAGAAACAACUAGCCUCUACAAUUCAUGACAACUCUAAGGAUUCAAAUUCAUCGAAUCAGCUAUUAAUUCAACAAGAACCUGAAUUAAUCGUUCGGUAUGCUAGUGAAAAAUUAAAAACUCAAAUCGAUAAUGCGGUGGAUCCAUUGAGUAUCUCAAGAGAUGUCGACAUGAGUGAUGAAUUCGUGAACAUUAAUGUACUGGAUAAUCCUGAGUUCUUGAGGAGUGCAGAGCAGAGAGAUUCAGAGAGAUCUCCAGAGAUGAAUCCUGUUGAGGAAGAGAAGAAUGAUGAUAGUGAUAUUGAGAUUCUAGAGUGUAUUGAACAUCCCAGCAAACCAAAACUGCAGCUAACGCCGAUCAAAGAGUCUCUUCGACCUUUUUUGAGGCUGAAGGAAGAGGUGAAAGAGUCUGAGAGUGGGAGGACAACACCAACAGUUGUCUGCAGCAGUAAUGAAGACUCGAAUGCUUCUGCGGAGGUCAGUGGAUCCACUGAGGUCUCUGCACCUUUAGAGUUUGAUAAUAAUGAAAUUGAAAGGGAUAGUGAGAUUAUCGAGAAACCUCCAUCGAGCUUGGACGAUAUCAAGCACAGUGGGUUCUGUGGGAAGGAGUUGUAUAAGUGUGGGUAUGAUGGAUGCAACUUCGGGGCUGUUACCCCUGGAGCGUUGAAGGUACACAUUGCUAGUUGCUCACAUGUAGGCGAAAAUGUGCAACUCAAAUGUGUGCACUGUACAAAACGAUUUGUGAAGGUAGGAAACUUGAUCGAUCACUUCAAGAUUCAUGGGCCGAAGAGAUUCGGCUGCUCUCUGUGUAAUUUGAGAUAUCCACUGGCCUGUCAAGCUAUCGCUCAUAUGAAAACCAAGCACAAGAUUUCGAGUAAUAAACUGGUGCCUGCUGAUCCUGGAAAUCCAUCGCCUGAUGCUUUAUUCAUCGUUCAACCUUUGGGACCCGGCGAGAGGAGAAAAAGAAAAUUCGGCAAGACCAAGUCCUUCGAUUCAACUCAAAAAGAGCCAACAGUUUUUGGCCCCAAUGAUAUUGACAGUCUUCCCAGACAGGCAAUCUACAAUCAAGAAGUUCGUUGCGCAGUUUGCCCUUACACUACUAAAGUUAGAACGAACAUUAUCAGGCAUUUACAGCUUCAUGCCAAGGACGAGUAUGUUCCUGAGUCAGGUCCAGUGAAUCCAGUGCCAUGCUUGGAUAAAAAAGAGAAAAUGUUCGAUAAAAUGGUGAAUCUUGCCAGUAGUUCUCAUCAGAAUGGACGAAUGGGAGCCAAAAAUAAGGAAACUGUGACUGACAGUGAAGCUGAACUCAUGCCGAAAUUUGUCCCAGAGAAACAAAGAUACGUAUGCUGUGUGGUCGACUGCAACUGCCUAACAAUCAACGAGGAUUUAUUGCGUUGUCACCUGAAAGCAUUGCACCCAGAAGAAUCAUUCUUCCGCUGUCCUCACUGUCCACCUCCAGGGCAAGACACCCAGAGUAUACCAAUUGAUAAACUCGGUGUGCACUUGAAAAUGCACGACACUAGACUUUACAAAUGUUCACACUGCAAUCAUCACCAUUAUCACAGACAUGUAGUCGAGCGUCAUUUAACAGACAAACAUCCAGAGAAGAGACCCUUUGUCAAGGUCAUUCGAGAGAUAGAGAAUCCAGAGGGCCUCGAGAAAGCCCCGACAGAAGAAACCGAAGAGGGCAUCGCCGAUCCUGAUGGCAAUCACUGGAAGUGCAAUGUUUGCGACUACAAAUGUAUUUACAAAACCGAAAUGAUUACCCACGCCUCAACAUCCCACGACGAAAAAUCGCAGUUCAAAUGUACGGGCUGUCCUUUCAAAACUUCUGGAAAGAUAAGUUUUGAGCAACACAUCAUCUCCAAGCACAUCAACGAUUCCGAGGUAGACUGCACGAUGGUUUACGAGCGAAUCAGAGGAACUAAGAAGCCGGACAGUGUAGAGACACCUCCUGUCGAUGAGCCUUUCGAUACAACUCCAUUAUGGCGAAGGGACAUGCCGAGAAUUCGUCACAUCAGAGGAAUCCUUCUCGAAGAGGAUAAUGCGAAAAAGUCUUCAGAAUCUCCAAAAUCAGGAAAGCGAAAAUCCGAUGUUGAGCCAACUGCAAAACCCGCAAAGAUCAAAGCUAAAUCAAUGUCUUUCGAUGGUACUGUAAUCAUUGAAAAAACAAAGAAUCCUGGUGCUUCAAAAUUACCUGAGAAAAUCUACACUCAUGAGGAGCUUCAAGAGAAAUUUGGCCCUUAUGGAAGACCCAAUGGAAACAUGUACUUUUGCACAAUUUGCAGUAAUUACAAUUCGAAAUAUCGUCAAGAAAUCAGAGAUCAUUUGUUCAUGGAGCUGAAAUACUGGAGAUGGCACUGCAAGGAAUGCGGACAUUUGACUGUUUCUCACACUAGAAUGUUGAAGCACGAAUAUAAAGUGCAUAAAGAUAAGAAACCAUUGACAGUGGAGCUUGUAGAGAAAGAAGACAUUGAUCAAUGGGUCUUAAACCUCAUGAAUACCCAGAGGGAUAUUAUGAGAGAAGAAGUUGGGGAUGCGGCUCCCUCGGCAAUAAAGUCUAAAGUUCCUCUUCCCACACCAAUUUCACCACUCACUAUAACUCUCGAAGACUCGGGAGAAAAAGUAAUUGCUUCCUCAAGCAUGGAAACAACGGCAGAAUCAUCUAAAAUUGUCGAUCUCACUGCAGCAAUCUCAAAGUUAACUAGAAACGAAGAAUCCGAUGAUGAGGAUGACGACGGAAAUGCUUUAGUUAUUGAUAGCAAAGAACUUGAAGACGGUAAAGACACAUCUUUUGAUCAAAUCGACAAAGCUCCGCCGAAAGAAUCCAAGAAGAUGUACAUCUGCAAACAUUGUAAUGUAGAGUUUGCAGGGCUUCGAGGAUUUAAGAUUCACGUGCAAAUUAAUCAUUUAAAACGUCUUGCAUUUGUUUGUCCCUACUGUGACAGAAGCACAAAUUCUGAAACCAUGAUGAAGACUCAUAUCAGGAAGAAUCAUCAAGGGGAAGAGGAGAAAAUCAUCAAGAAUCCUUAUGCCAAUGGUCCCGAACUGAGCAACACUUUUUGGGAGAAAGAAUAUGGCAUCGUUAUUCCAAAGAAACUGAAAAAGAAAAAGCGAAAAAUUGAUGAUGUGGAUAAUACAACAAUCGAUGAAGAUAAACUUCCACUUUCGGACAUUUGCGCUAAAUGUGGAUUCACUGCAAUAAAUUCUACAGGAUUAGCAGCUCAUAUGAGAGCCCAUGCCAAGAGGGAUUCCCUCAAGUGCGUACAUUGCAGUUUUACAGCUAAUUCACAGGUUGAUAUCUGGCAGCACUCGGAGAUAAAUCAUCCUGACUUGGAUUGGAAGGCUGAGGAGAUAAGAUCGGGAAUUUCUUCAACAGAUCCACCGGUUCUGCACAUCAAGAAGAGGCACGUUGAUGAUUACAAUGAAGAUAUUGAAGAAGAACCUACAGCACUAUCCGUAGGUGAGCCUGAGAGGUCCCUCCAAAGGAUCUAUACCUGUUUCUACUGCAAAAACGUGAGAAGUCUCUCUUUACCUACGAUCAGAUCUCACUGGAAUCAGUACCAUAAAGACGUUAACGCACUGUCGAUUUGUCAGACUGGGGUGCCAUUUAAAUUUACAGAAUCGAUUAGUGGAAUUCCGGAUACCGAGAAACAGGUGAAAUGUAGCUAUUGUCCCAUGAAAGGUUCAACAAUUGCUGUGAAGGCUCAUAUAAGAAAAAAACAUGGUAAGGUACCCCUGCGACUAAUCGAAAUUGUCGAUGACUCUCAAACGAUUUGGAUCUGCAAGUGGUGCGAUGAAAAGGUUAAAGGUGUGGAUAAUAAAACGUCCCAUCACAACAUGUUCCAUUCACACUUGGCCAUGAGGUUUCAGAUGGAGGAGAAGGUGGUGAAAGAGAGAGGUUUCGCUUGUCCUGCGUGUCCGUUUGUUAAUGCCUCUCUAGGGAAGAUGAGAACUCACGUUGUCAAGCACGCUGAAGUCUUCAAGUGUAAAAGAUGUUUGAAGACGUUCAACAGUCUCCCGAAAGCAACACAGCAUUCCACCAAUGAACAUGCGGGUUUAGCAGCCGCUAUUGAAAAAGCUCAGACUAAUGUGGAAGCUCUAAUGUCGAAGGUUUCUCAGUCUGAUCUGGUGGACGUUCCCGAGGAGGAGCCGAGCACUGUGCCUUCUACAGAUAUCUUUAGGAACCUUGGGGUUGCUCGCAAGUCAACGACUAAACAACUGCUAAAGAAACCCUCGAGUGGAGUUAAAUCAGUCGCCAGAAAGUCUACACAUCCUCUUCCGAGGUAUCCCCCUGGUUUGAAAUUCGAUAUCGAGGGGCUGGACAGUGAAGGGGAGAGCUUGACCAAGCCUGUCGGCUGGAGUUACUACGGAAGACCCCCCACCCCUAUAAAUCUCGCCAAUUUGAAUACUGUGAUGUCCCUUGGCGUUGCCAAGAUGAAGGUCAAAUGUACUAAACUGGCAAAACUGAUGAAUAUCGACGCUCAAGUCAUUCUGGUUGACUUUAAGAAACAAAAAACCAAGUAGAAUGGUUUUACUGUGGUUGAAAUUGCCCGGUAAUAACAAUUGCUACUUUCAUGUUGAAGAACGGACGAAAUAAUUUUAACAACUUGCAGUUGCUGAUUAUUUUCUUUGGCCUUUUUAUGUUGUGAGUGACAAGUGAAAUUUUUUUAAUGGUGUUUAGCAGAGUGACAGAAAAGUAUUAAUGAAUCAAUGAAGAGUUCCAGAUGACUGAGUGCAACACUUAAAUUGAAGUUUAAGAGCACAACUAAGGAGGGGUGAUCAUUUAACCUUCUCAAUUAUUGUUAUUUUUUCUUCUCGUUUUAUAUUUUGACUUAUGAUUUCAAAGUGUGUGUCAUAUAUACUAGGAGCAUCGUAAGCGGCAUAUAUUAAUUUACAUUUUUCACAUUAAUAAUUCUUGAAAUUUCGUCGGGAGGAGUCCCAACAUCAGAGGACCUUCUCAUCAGUUCAUCUCACCAGUAUCUUAUGUUGAUUAAAUUCAUGGUUCUAAUGGUAGGGCUCCAUUGUGUGAAAGACAAGACUGACGACUAUCCUCUCAUCAACUAUCAGAGUUCAAACUCUGGCUGGAAAAUUUUGUAAAUAUUGUACUCUAAGUGAAAACCACUUGAAUAAAAUAUUUUUGAUUUUUAUAGAGGUGA